AUGGUCUCCGGUGUGCGGGUUGCCCAGUUCGUCGGCAUCACCGCCUCAAUGUUUGCGGCGGGCCAAAAUGCCACCUUCUCGACAGCUGUCGUCCCGUCACUGCGCAGACCGAGCGACGAUGAAGGCCGCCUGGCCGCCCACUGGCGCACUGCCUAUGUCGCUGGCUUCUACCUGACGCCCCCACCGCUCUUCCUUUCGUGCGUGUCGUUCAGCUACCUUGCCUAUUCGGCCAGGUCGAGUCGCACGCUGUGUGCUCUCUAUGCCGUUGCCGCUGUGAUGGUUCCGGCGAUCUUGCCCGUGCACACUUUCACCAUCAUGCGCCCCUACAUUGGCGCCCUCUGUCUACGCGCCGAAAAGCUGGCCGGCCCCGGUCACGGCACUAAUGCUGAACGCUUGGGAAAGGACGAGCCCGCGACGCUGCGCACUGAGGAGAAGUACUCGACCGACGAGCUGGUGCGCCUCUGGGGCGUGCACAACGCCUAUCGCACCAUCACCGGCUUCGUUGGCGCUGCACUUGGCCUUUGGGCAGCCCUAGAGCACGAGCAGAUGAACAUCCUGAUCUAA